CACGCCUCCCACUUUCACCCCCAUUGUGGUGAAUCUCCGGCUCUCACACACUUUGCCAGACUUCCAGGAGUUGGAGCGACUGGUCGAAGAGGGAACACCGACAACAGUUUUUUGUUUAGUUUGUUUUCCUUUUUAGAAAAAGUCACCUCAUAUCCUCCUCCUCGCAUGGAUCUGCUUUCCUCUCCGGAGGGAUUUGAAGGAGCUGCGAUGGUUUGCGUUGCUGGGAAUUCUGGAGACUCGUACCGGAGAGAAAGGGCGCUCGUCCUCUCCGCUGCAAAGUUGUAAAAGUAGUUCCCCUUGAAGUUUUUUUGUAGUUUUUCCGCCACCAGCUCAGACUCGGCGUUUCUCCCGGCCACCAUGGCGAGGCGGACAGCGGAGAAACCUCUGGUUUUGACGCCGUAUACGCGCGCUGCUUUCCGGGAUAAACACCUUCGCUUUCGCGGGGGUUUGUUGGCGUUUUGGUGGAGCUUCGUGUUCAUGUGCUCGGCUCUUUCUUGUGGAUAUUGCGGAGCAGAGACGGAGUUUUCCAUCCUGGAAGAGGCGCAAGUUUUGUCCGAGCAGAUGAAAAAGCUGUCCUCUCAGGAGCUGGGAGUCUUCACCAUGCAGAGGAUUUUCAGCUCGUUUGUGUACACCGAGAAGACAUCAAACGGAGAGACCGAAGUGCAGCAGUUGGCAAAGAAGAUCCGGGAGAAGUUCAACCGCUACCUGGAUGUGGUGAACAGGAACAAACAGGUGGUGGAGGCGUCGUACACUGCCCACCUCACCUCACCACUCACGGCAAUACAGGACUGCUGCUCCAUACCGGCAUCCAUGAUGGAGUUUGAUGGAAACUUCAAUACCAACGUCUCCAAGACCAUCUGCUGUGACAGACUUUCCCCCACCGUCAACAGCCGAGCUUUCAACCCCGGACGAGACCUCAACUCAGUGUUGGCAGACAACCUGAAGUCCAACCCUGGGAUAAAGUGGCAGUACUUCAGCUCAGAGGAGGGCAUCUUCACUGUCUUCCCUGCCCACAAGUUCCACUGUAAAGGAAACUACGAGCACCGCAGCAGGCCUGUGUACGUCGCUGCAGUGCGUCCGCAGUCAAAACACAUAGUGGUGAUGGUUGACCACGGAGCGUCUGUGACUGACACACAGCUUCAGAUUGCCAGGGACUCUGCACUGGUCAUUCUUAACGCCAUAGAUGAACAUGACAAGAUCUCCAUUUUGUCUGUGGCAGAGACCGUUCGCUCCUGCUCUCUAGACCAAUGCUAUAAGAGUCUGCUCUCUCCGGCCACCAGCGAGACCAAGAGGAAGAUGAGCACCUUUAUCUCCAACAUCAAGGCCUCUGAUGGAGCCACACAGCAUGCUGCAGGCUUCCAGAAGGCCUUCCAGCUGCUGCGAAACACCAGCAGCCUCAGCAAACAGAGCACGACCACAGACAUGGUCAUCAUCUAUCUAUCGUCCGGUGUAACGUCUCGAGAAUCUUCGGAGCAGGAGAAGAGAGCCACGCUGAGUGUGGUCAGAGAAGAGAACCGACACCUCAACAACUCAGUGAUGAUCCUCACCUAUGCUCUCAUGAACGAGGGAGUUACAGGCCUGAAGGAGCUGGCCUUCCUGAGGGACCUCGCAGAGCAGAAUUCAGUGAAGUACGGCGUCGACCGAAUGUCCGACAGAGAUCGAUCCUCGGUGGCGUCCUCGUCUGGAUCAGCAGGACUUUCCAUGAUGCCGGUGGUGAAGGGUAGCAUGAUGGUGCUGAACCAACUGAGCAACCUGGAGACAACAGUGGGACGCUUUUACAUCAACCUGCCCAACCGUAUGAUAGACCUGGCCCGCUUCAGCCUGCCCUACGCUGACCCAAUGGGAGAUGGGUUUAUCAUGACUGUGAGCCGGCCGUGUUAUUUUGGAAACCUUCUCCUGGGCGUGGUCGGCGUGGAUGUGAACUUGGCCUACAUCUUGGAGGAUGUCACCUACUACCAGGACUCUCUGGCUUCAUACACCUUCCUUAUUGACAACAAAGGUUACACCCUGAUGCACCCUUCCUUAACUCGGCCCUACCUCAUGACAGAGCCUCCCCUGCACACAGACAUCAUCCACUAUGAGAACAUCCCAGGAUUCCCUGCUGUCCGACAGAACAUCCUCAGCCUCCCUUUGGGCAGCCAAGUCAUCGCUGUGCCAGUGAACUCCUCUCUGUCGUGGCAUACCAACCGACUCAGGGACAACAGCAAAGAUGCAUAUAAUGUCAGCUAUGCCUGGAAACUGGUUCAAGACACGUCUUUCAUCCUGUGCAUUGUUUACGUGCAGCCAGAGAUCCCAGUGAAGCAGCUGAAGAACCUGAACACAGCUCCCAGCUCCAAGCUGCUGUACCACCGUCUAGACCUGCUGGGUCAGCCCAGCUCCUGCCUGCACUUCAAGCAGCUCGCCACAGUCGAGUCCCCCACCGUGAUGUUGGCAGCUGGUAGUUUCUCUUCUCCCUAUGAGCACCUCAGUCAGCCAGAAACAAAGCGCAUGGUGGAACAUUACACUGCCUACCUGAGUGAUAACACCAGGCUCAUAGCCAACCCAGGCCUCAAGUCCUCUGUCAGGAAUGAGGUUAUGGCAACCAGUCAUGUCACGGAUGAGUGGAUGACACUAAUGGAAAUGAGUAGCCUCAACUGCUACAUUGUGCGCCGUUACAUAGCAACGCCCAGUGGGGUGCUCCGGAUUUACCCAGGAUCACUGAUGGACAAAGCCUUCGACCCGACCCGCAGACAAUGGUACCAGCAUGCUGUGGCUAACCCCGGCCUCAUCACAUUCACGGGUCCAUACCUGGAUGUGGGUGGGGCGGGCUAUGUUGUCACCAUCAGCCACACCAUCCACGCCUCCAGCUCUCAGAUGGCCCCUGGAUAUGCUGUUGCAGUGAUGGGUAUCGACUUCACACUUCGCUACUUCUAUAAGGUCCUGUUGGACUUGCUGCCCAUCUGCAACCAGGACAAAGGCAACAAGAUCAGGUGCUUUAUAAUGGAGGACAGAGGCUACCUGGUCGCUCACCCGACCCUCAUUGACCCCAAAGGUCAUGCCCCUGCAGAGCAGCAGCACAUUACACACAAGGAGCCACUAGUGGCCAAUGACAUCCUGAACCACCCCAACUUUGUGAAGAAAAACCUUUGCAACAGCUUCAGUGACCGUACAGUGCAGCGCUUCUACAAGUUCAACACUAGCAUAGUGGGAGAUCUCACCAACCUGGUCCAUGGUAGCCAUUGUUCCAAAUACCGCCUGACCAGAAUCCCUGGCACCAACGCCUUUGCUGGUAUCGUCAACGAGACGUGUGAUUCUCUGGCGUUCUGCGCCUGUAGCACGGUGGACCGGCUCUGUCUCAACUGCCACAGAAUGGAGCAGAAUGAGUGUGAGUGUCCGUGUGAGUGCCCUCUGGAGGUCAACGAGUGCACAGGCAACCUCUCCAACGCUGAGAACAGGAACCCCAGCUGUGAGGUGCAUCAAGAGCCAGUCAGUCUGAAUGUGAUUGAUCCCAGUUUGCACGACACCCUGCCCCAGUGUGUCAACACCCGCUGUAGCCAGAGAUACACCAGCAGUGACUGUUUCGGUGUUUUGGACUGCGAGUGGUGCAUGGUGGACAGUGAUGGUAAGACUCACCUCGAUAAGCCGUACUGUGCCCUGCAGAAGGAGUGUUUUGGGGGCAUCGUGGGUGCCAAGAGUCCCUAUGCAGACGGCCUAGGACUUCUAGAUGAGGAGGUGGCGUCUUUGAACAUGAUCAAGAGCGCCCCUGUGGGUCCAGUCGCUGGGGGCAUUAUGGGAUGCAUCAUGGUGUUGGUGCUGGCUGUCUAUGCAUACAGACAUCAGAUCCACAGGCGUUCACACCAGCACAUGUCCCCACUGGCCGCUCAGGAAAUGUCAGUGAGAAUGUCCAACCUUGACAAUGAGAGAGACGAGAGGGAUGAAGACAGUCAUGAAGACAGAGGAAUCAUCAGUAACACCAGAUUCAUAGCAGCAGUGAUCGAGAGACACACUCACACUCCUGAGCGGAGACGGCGGUACUGGGGGCGAUCCGGGACAGAGAGUGACCACGGCUACAGCACCAUGAGUCCACAGGAGGACAGCGAGAACCCACCCGGAAACAACGACCCGCUCUCGGCCGGUGUUGACGUUGGUAACCACGACGACGACCUGGACCUGGACACGCCUCCCCAGACGGCAGCGUUGCUCAGCCACAAGUUCCACCCCUACCGGCACACGCACACACACCACCACCCGCUGCACACGCAUACACACCACCUGCAGGCCGCGGUGACGGUGCACAGUGUGGACGCAGAGUGCUGAUCCGCCCUCCUGCCAGGGAUGGAACUGUUUUUAUAAGAGAGACUAUUUUUAAAAAGACAUUUGUGCUCGAUUAGACAGCACGCAGUGGGUACUGUCAGGAUGGAUGGAUGGAUGUAUGGAGGGAGACGCCACAGCUGUGUCCUUUGGCCGCCGGGACUUUUGGCCUGAUUGGAUGAUGCGUCAUGAUGUCGCUGUGCCAACAUCUCAGUCUCUGCCCCUCUUUUAUUCAGCCCAAUUUAAAGUCUGGCAGGUGUACACAGUUUUAUACACACCGAAAAUGACCAGACCUGGACCAGUAAAUGACAUCAAAUGGGUUUUUCAGUUGAGUUUUUUCUGAAGGAAUUUAGCAUUCAGGACUCAAAAGCGAGCGCACAUAACAGCCUUCAGGAGCAAACAAAACACUGUUUGAGGCCAUUUAUUGGCCUUCAUUGAGGACCUAAAAGCCUCGAGGGAGGACAAAGUUCUUCAUUUUUCAUCAUUCUUCAGGUCCAGUGGAUAAUUAAAUUAGCUGUGGAGCCCAAUGUGACCCCCCCUUUAGUACUCCAUCUGAAACUCUCUUGUAUUAAGGCAGGAGGGGAACAGAACACUCCUUAGGUUUGUGAAAACUGUUGGACAUUUCUGGUGAAGAGUGAAAAUACUGUAUUUUCAACAAAGAACUGGAUCUAGUGGGACUCUAACAUGGCUUCUGUUUCAAGUUAGCUCUCCUUGGUUCAGCAGAUAGACGCUCCAGAGUUGGUUUCCUCUGAUAGUUGCUGCCUUUAGCCAGAGGAGCAGCUGUCGGUCUUACACAACAUGGUGUGGGAAGAUAUGUGGACAUUUUCCUGAAUGUUUGUGAACUUAACUUCAAAGUAGGAGAAGAAAAAAGCUUCAAUGAUUCACAGAAAUACAGAAAUAAGCAUUUUAAAGAGGAAAAUAUUAUUUUUCUACUAUUUAUUAAAGAGGUAGAUUUUCAAGACGGAUAAGAAAGCAGCUGCGGCUAGCAAAACAAGUCAGCAGUCAGGAUACGUACCGGCCCACUUCCUGCAACCACUGCAUUGUAUUAGGGCUCAUUAUUUUCAGUUUUUAUUUUCCAAAAAACAUCUGUGAAUUGUUGUUCAUUUUGACUUUUAAGAACAUCAGUAACACAACAGACUAUGUGAAUUUUCUUUUCCUUUUUGUCCUCAGACUGAGGGACGUUGGUGCAUAAUCAGCAGCUCAUUUGCAUUGUCUUUCACGGUUGUUUUUGCUUUCUAUCACCUGGAACGUAUUCUUAGCUGUCCUCCCUUUCAGAGGAUCCCAUUUACUACUGUAGAAACUCAGUGGUCAGUUUAUUAGCUACACCUGUCCAGUCAAUGAGAUCUAGCACAGCAGUCCUGCCAUAAAGUCUACCUCUAUAAGACCCAUAACAUAAAUGGUUUUUACCCUGACAUAGUCGUAUUAUUUUUAUUACAUGUUUCAGCACUGAAGUUACAGUUGCAUCUGCCCCUAAUGUAUAUAAAUAGGACUGACAAUGAAUUAGAAACAUACUCAUUUUAGUGUAGGCUGAUACAUUAUCUUAAACUAUGACUUUCUUUUUAUACACUUUCUGACAGUUUCACCAAUUUAAAGGUAGAUAUUAUGGCAGGAAUUUGUAGAUUACAUUAUAUUGUACAGAUUUUCCCUAAUAAAGUGGCCACUGAAUGUCUAGUCUGAUAAGCAGUACCUUCUUUAAGUGUAGUGAUCUAAAAUCUAAGACGAAAUCAGAUCUGCUCCUCUCAAAAAUGAAUUCAGGUAAUUCUCAUUGAAUAUCUGGAAAGACUGAAAACAGCAAGCCUUAAUCAUGUCUUUUUCAGAGCAGUUUAAAGGAUACAGUUUUCACUUUUAGCACAUUUUUCUGUCUGUUUUUCACCGAGGUCUGCGUAAUCAUGUGAGCGAAAACUCGCCGUCGAAAACCUCCUCAUUCUGGACCUGUCCUGCGCAUCAGGAGGCAGAACUUCUGUGCUCACCGGCCUUUUUCAGCCUCUUGAGAAUGGACGAGGAAAGACUAACACCAGCAAAACAAUCCUGGCUUUAGUCACUGCUGGGGAUUUGCUGUGUGAGGAUAAUUGGGGACCGGCACAGAGGUCCUGAGAGAUUGACAGACGCUGAGUGCUGUCCUCUGGAUCUGCCUGAGCAGAAAAACCGGUACAGAUUGUUUUCAGUUUCCCCCUGUUUUAUGACAACCUUUCGCCUCUGAGGCCAAGCUGAGAUACUGUAUGUGUGGUGAGGUUGUGUGCUGGAGUUUGUACAAAGCAAGUCGCGUUUCCGGUGAUGCCCAAGAUGGAGUCUCCUCCUCAUCAAAGAGAGUGAAAGAGGUCGAGAUGCUGCUGUUGUUGGACAGAGGUUGCACCCAUCUGUCAGCUCCUCUGUGGUUAACCACUUAAAAUGUAUUUUCUACGUGUGUUUGGUGAUACUGGUGUGUGUCUGAGAGAGAGAGAGGGUGUGUGUGUGAUGAAAGUAAGAUUAUCCACCUGGAACAUUAUCAUUGAAUGCAUUAUUUUUCAAAAUAGUAUUAGAGAAUUAUAGGUGAAGUUAUUAUCAUUGAGAAAUCCACUUAUUUUUAUUCUGAUGAAGAGUCACUUGACCCGAUCUGUGCUUUGUGGGUUUGAUUGUUCAGCUGGUCAAAUCACAGCAGCGUGGCAUCCAUGUUUGUUUGUUUGUUUGUUUGUUUUUCUGGGUGCCAAAUUGUCUAUUGUUCUCCAGAGAUUCAUUAUGAAGUGUAAAUACUGAAUCACAAAUAGCUAUUAUGUCCUGUACACUCCAUUUUUUUUUAAAUGUCGGUAAGAUAUGAUGAUGUAUGCUUCAAAUGAUGCUCAGAUAUUCGGGUUGAUAUUGAAUCGUCUGUUCAUGGUGUCUCGCUAUAUUUUUGACGCCUUGGAUGUCUUUCUUAGGUUUAUUUUUCUUUAGGUCCAUAUUGGAUGGAAGUCAGUACUUGGAAAAAUUAAUACACACUUUUAUGUUUGAGAGACUUCUAGUUUUUAAAAGUUUUAUUGUGUGUCUUCGGAAAUGUUAAAGAAAGCUUAUCUCUCCUUAGAUUUGCAGAGUGACAGUACGACACCUUCUCACGGAGUAACGACCAAAACGGCAGCCUUAUAGUGGAUUCAGGCUUACAUCUGUAAGCCGCGCAGUGGUUCUGUUGCUACUCAAGACUGUCAGCCAUUUUCAUUUACAGUCAUUUUAGUGUGUUUGACACUUUGGAAGAAUACUUAACAUUUGCACAUUCACUGUGAGCUCAUUAAACUUUCAUCUGCACAUGUGCUAAGUAAUAAGCUGGGACAUUAAAACAUGCUGGGUUUGCGUUAUUACAUGUUCCUCACAGUGCUGCGCUUACUAAAGGCAGUGGGUUGAAUAUUCCACAUUAACACUAACCAGCAUCUCAUCAACACUCACACCAUUUUCUGUCCAUUAUUGACCUGCAGUAAUUCAUAACAAAAACAUACAAUAUUUGAAAUGGGUUUGACUACUUUUCAUGGUACGUAAUGCAACAGUAAGUUCACUUCAGUUUGACAGUGAAGCAGUCUUGUAGCAUUUCAGAGCAGUCUUUCAAUCAAAUGCAGUCUGUAUGUGUGUCUGUGUGAGUGUGUGUGUGUGUGCUGGGACAGUUCAACAUAAAACAAGUCUGUUUUAUUUUUCCUGGAGAGCUUUUAAACAGUAUUUACCAGCUGUCGUAAACAAGUAUAUAUGUGUGUAUACAGAACACUCUGAAUUGCAAUUAAUGUACUGAAGGAUCAUGUGUACGUCAUCCCCCCCCAUGUAUCAUAUAAAGUUAUCAAAUUGAGAUUUAUUGCAAUGUGAAUGUGAUAAAGUCCAUUUUACACUUAAA